ACACAGAAACAGAAACAAACCAACAAGAGCGAAUUCCAUAAUGGCGCUUCCCUGAGCUGGUAGGAGGAACCCCCGAAAGCGGACGGCCGUUGCUAGAACCGCUAGAACUUUAACCGUUCUAAAGCUCUUUCUACUUUUCUGAACGGCACAAACGCAGCGGCGUUUUCCGAUGUAGCUGUGAUUUCGACGCCUUUAGCGUCCCCUCGGGCUACUAGAGCUCUCCGAGCGACGUAUUGGUGCUGUUUCUUGCCUCUUCGGGACUUCGGCACCUUCGGUCCUUGGAAGAACGGUAGCUUGUUGUGCUAGUGUCACAAGCAUUCGCUGCGCGGGAGCGUUGUGGAAUCAAGCGGAGAAUCUGUUCGAAGCUACAGAAGUGGUUCUAGAUGAGCAGAAGUGCGUCUUAUGGUUAGCAGAUUCGUAGAAUCUCCAUGGAUGAAGAUCGGGUGAUGGACCUGACGGGCCUGUCCGGGGACGCGCCGGCAUUCUACGACGAAGACUGCACGCAGCCACUGGAACGCUGGCUGAAUGAUGACGACGGGCCGCUGGUCUUCUACCACGUCAACUCUAAGGAGAUCAUCUACAAGGCCAAGAAAAAGAAAGCCAAGAUGAUCGGCAAGUACGUGAUGGGCGACGUGCUCGGGGAAGGCUCCUACGGAAAGGUGAAGGAAAUACUCGACUCGGAGACGCUGUGUCGUCGCGCCGUAAAGAUCCUGAAGAAACGGAAGCUGCGGAAGAUUCCUAACGGCGAACAAAACGUACAGAGAGAGAUCAAGCUUCUGCGAAUGCUGAGUCACAAGAACGUCAUCAAGCUGGUGGAUGUGCUCUACGACGACCAGAAGCAGAAAAUGUACAUGGUCAUGGAGUACUGUGUCUCUGUGAUCCAGGAGCUCUUGGAUAGCGUGGCCGACAAGAAACUGCCCAUUUGGCAGGCCCAUGGGUACUUCUGCCAGCUGCUCAGUGGCCUAGAGUACCUGCACAGCAAGGGCAUCGUCCACAAGGACAUCAAGCCCGGCAACCUGCUCCUGACCAACUGUGGGACUCUCAAGAUCUCCGACCUGGGAGUCGCGGAGGCAUUGGACCACUUUGCAAUAGAUGACACAUGCCACACAAGCCAAGGGUCACCGGCCUUCCAGCCGCCAGAGAUUGCCAAUGGUCUGGACAGUUUCUCGGGAUUCAAGGUGGAUGUCUGGUCGUCGGGGGUAACCCUGUUCAACAUCACGACGGGCAAGUACCCAUUUGAGGGCGACAACAUCUACAAGCUGUUUGAGAACAUUGGCAGCGGGGUGUUUGAGGUGCCCGCCGAAGUGGACCCCCUCCUUGCCAGCCUCCUCAAGGGGAUGCUCGACAAGAACCCCCGACAGCGGCUGGCGCUGGAGCAAGUUCAACACCACGACUGGGUGCGCAAGAAGCACCCGCGUCUCCUCGAGUAUGUGCCCAUUCCCGAGCGGAGCAAGGGGGACGCCCUGCGCUCCAUGACGGUGAUCCCGUACCUGCGCCACGUCACGUCGGAAAACGGCCGCCGCUGCAGGGUCAACUCUUGCACCGACGAGGAGGAGGAGGACGACGAGGACUCGCAGGAGUACUACACCGAACACGACUUGCAGGAAUUGCGGCAGCGUGCUGACGAUUGCAACCGGGCCACCCGACGCGGCCUGCCGGGGUUGCUGAGCCGAUCUCGCGUGCUCGGCGGCUGCCAGCAGUCUUGAAGCAGACGGUUUCUGUCAAGUAACCGAAUUUCUUCUGGAUCCGGCUAGCCAAGCCCUAGUCAAGCCAAGACGGCUCCACCUGCUUAAGCGGAAGACUGCGACAAGCGACGUCCUCUGCCACCUUUUAUUUCCGUGUUGGGCGAUCGGAAAAGAACACUCUCGGAGCGACGCCCGACGUACUGCCGCACCAAUUACCCAAGGUCUAAUGCGAGUCUGCCUGGUCCCGGCUUGUCACGAGACGGCUUUGCUGCCGCCUUCACCAGUGUGUGGAAUGUCCUUGCCGUGUCUGGUAGAACGAAAACAAUGAUAAUAAAACAAAAAUAUGUCUGAA